UUCCCAUGCUGUUUUUUAUAUGUCUUAUAUGAUCUUAUGCAAAUGAAAAAACACUCAAAAUUUAAUGGAGAAAUUGAUAGAAGAACCUCUUCUAAGCCAUGAGCAUAACUCAAAUGUCAAUGUCGUCAACAACAAUAACAACAAAGGUGGUUUUAGAACAUUACCUUUUAUCAUAGCUAAUGAGGCAUGUGAGAGAGUUGCAAGUAUUGGAUUAAUGCCUAACAUGAUAAUAUAUUUGACUAAAGUGUAUAACAUGGAAACUGCUGAAGCUACUAAUUUUCUCUUGUUAUGGUCUGCUGCCACCAAUUUCACUCCCAUCAUUGCUGCUUUUCUUGCUGACUCCUAUUUUGGUCGAUAUCCCAUCAUCGCUUUUGGUUCCAUUGCUAGCCUAUUGGGGAUGAUUCUUCUAUGGUUAACAACUAUAAUCCCACUAUCAAGGCCAAAUAUGUGUAACCAACUCACAAACAACUGCAACUCCCCUACAACAAUCCAUCUUUUGUUAUUGCAUUCUUCUUUUGCUCUCAUGUCCAUUGGAGCUGGAGGCAUAAGAUCCUCCUCUUUAGCCUUUGGUGUUGAUCAAUUAAGCAAGCAGAACGAAAAUGCAAGAAUCAAAGAGGGUUACUUCAGCUGGUACUAUGCUUCUGUCGGAGUGGCGUCGCUCUUAGGAUUCAGUGUUGUUGUCUAUAUUCAAGAUAGCAUGGGGUGGACAAUAGGAUUUGGUGUUCCUGUUGUCCUUAUGUUUAUAGCCACAUUAUCAUUUUUCUUAGCUACUCCAUUUUAUGUAGUGUUGGAAGCUAAGAAGAACAUGCUAACCGGUUUAGCACAGGUCCUUGUUGCUUCUUACAGAAAUAGACUUCUGCAGUUACCACAAGAGGAUGUGAAUGUGAAUGAUAUCUACUACCAUCAUGACAAGGAUUCCAAUCUCCUGGUACCAACUGAAAAAUUAAGGUUUCUCAACAAAGCAUGCAUAACGAGAAAUCCUUUAGAAGAUCUAACACCAGAUGGAAGAGCUUUAAAUCCAUGGAAUCUUUGCACAAUUGAACAAGUGGAAGAUAUCAAGGCACUUUUUAAGAUAGUUCCAAUUUGGACAACAGGAAUCAUGAUGAGUGUGAAUGUGAGUCAGAGUUCUUUUCUUGUACUUGAAGCUUCCUCCAUGGACCGUCACAUCGGUUCGAAUUUCCAAAUUCCUCCGGCCUCCUUUGCUACAUUUAUGAUUUUAUCAUUAAUACUUUGGGUUAUACUUUACGACCGAUUUUUAGUCCCUUUAUCAUCAAGGAUACUAGGGCGCAAAACAUGCUUAGGAGCGAAACAAAAAAUGGGAGUUAGUCUAUUUUCUUGUAGCAUAUCAAUUGCAUCACUUGCUAUUGUGGAGAAUAUUAGACGCGGAAUCGCAAUCGAUCAAGGCUAUUCAGACCAACCGGAAGCUGUGGUGAAUAUGUCUGCAUUUUGGCUAUUGCCGCGCCAAAUCAUCGAUGGAUUGGCCGAGGCAUCUGGUGUAGUAGGACAAACUGAAUUUUUUCUCAAUGAGUUACCUCAAUCUAUGUCUAGUAUAGCUUCUACUCUUGGUGGACUUGGGAUUUCUGUUGCAAGUUUGGUUGCAAGUUUUAUUCUGAGUAUUGUUGAUAGUGUUACUGGAAUUGGAGGGAAAGAAAGUUGGGUUUCAAGCAACAUAAACAAGGGUCACUAUGAUUACUAUUAUAGUUUUAUUUGUGUUUUGAGCAUUUUAAAUUUUGCGUAUUUUCUUUAUUGUAGUAAAUCUUAUGGUCCUUGUAAGAAUAGACAGAAAUAAUUUUUCUAGAAAUAAAAGUUUAGGUGAGUUGGAUA